UUCAUCAUCACUUGAGAGACCUUGGUCAACUUUGAUUGCUCCUCGAAUUGAUUGAUUGCAUUACGUCCAUAUGAUACAAUGAGCAAGAAAUAAUUGCUGGCUUAUCAAUCGUCGUGUUCACAUGCCCUAUCUGUAGAAUUACUCUUCUUCCGUUUCAUUUCAUCCUUCGUAAUCGCCAGUACUCGCAGGACCAUCAUCGCUUGCAGUCGUGUUGAAUUAUUUUCACGAAACUCAAUUGAAUUCUGUAAUCAUAAUGAUGCUAAUUCUUGUUUGUUCUUUAAUGCUGAUCGAAUGGUCCCAGGUAAAAUGUGACGUACACUGUGGAGUUCCUGAACCGGUUCAAAACCCACUGAUUGUUAAAGGACAAAACACACUUCCAGGGCAAUGGCCUUGGCAUGCUGCCAUAUACCAUCGUGAGGCAACUAGUGAGGAUUAUAAAUGUGGUGGAACGCUAAUUAGCAAUUGGUUCGUCCUGACUGCUGCCCAUUGUGUAACAACAGAAAAUGGAAACGUUUUAGCCAAAGAAUUGGUGUUUAUAAAGCUGGGCGUUCACGAUUUGAAGAAGUUGCGGAAAAGUUCUACGCAACAACAUGACGUCAUCGGCAUAUUUAAAGAACCACGAUUCAGUGCUGAAACAUUGACGCAUGACAUCGCUCUGCUGAAGCUUGGCUCGGAAGCUGAGUAUGACAGCUACGUCCAGCCUGCGUGUCUAUAUGGUGGGGAUAGUCUUGUGGGACAGUUCGGAACAGUGAUCGGAUACGGAUUAACCGAACAUAAUGUGUUGGCGAUGGUGUUGAGGAAAGCAGUUAUACCUGUGAUUAAUUUUCUGAAGUGUUUGGAAAGCGAUAGAGACUUCUUCGGACAUGUUCUGGCAGAUGAAGUGUUAUGUGCUGGGCAUACAAAUGGUACAACUGCGUGUAAUGGAGACAGUGGGGGAGGUUUAUUUUUCAAGCAGAAUGGUACGUGGCAUUUGGGCGGUAUCGUUUCCAGGUCGAGGGUCCGCGACGAUGGUACGAACUUUUGUUAUACUGGAGGUUAUACAAUUUAUACAAAAGUGUCGAAGUAUUUGCAUUGGAUUCGUAGCACAAUACGCAAAAACACUGGACGUGAUGCAACAACUCUACCGUCUGAUGAGUCGAUUGAUGAUGUCAACACAUCUGCGAUCCCGCAUGGCCGUGUAGUAGUUUGCUACAUAUCAUCCUGGGCCGUCUACCGGAGUGGCGCUGGAUCGUUCAGCUUGAAAAACUUUGAUCCGAAUCUGUGCACACAUGUCGUUCACGCCUAUGCCGGAUUAGAUGUGGAACGUAAUACCAUUAAAUCGUUAGAUCGAUGGCAGGACCUGAAGGAUAACUAUGGCUUGGGUGGAUAUGAAAAGCUAGUAAAUUUGCGUAAUUCAUAUCCACAUCUCAAAGUGAUGAUUUCGAUGGGAGGAUGGAACGAGGGUUCCGUGAAAUACUCCAAAUUGGCUGCCAGUCAACAACGGCGGCAAGUCUUCGCCGAAAAUGCGCUUAAUUUUAUAAGGAGAUAUGGAUUCGAUGGACUUGACCUAGACUGGGAGUAUCCAACACAACGUGGUGGCGAACCAAACGAUCGAGAGAAUUUCGUUCAACUCGUCAGAGAACUUAGUCAGAAGUUCAAAAAGAACAAUCUACUGCUGACAUCCACUAUCGAAGCCAAGCAGUAUGUAAUUGAUGCAGCUUAUGAUAUCGAAAAUCUAACCAAAUACUUGGAUUUACUGCAUGUCAAAUGCUACGAUUACAGAGGAAUCUGGAAUCAGAAAAUUGGCUUUAACGCACCACUGACAGGCGAUGAGGUUCAUAAUGUUGAAUUUACGAUUGAGCAUUUGCUCGCGUUGGGAGCCCCACCUAAUAAGCUAGUUCUUGGUCUACCAUUCCAUGGACGAACCUUCAUAGCCGACUCGAUAUUUUAUACGAGGAUUGGUGAUCCAGCUGAAACUAGCUUUAGCGGUCCAUACACAAAUGUCGAUGGAUACAUUGGCUAUAACGAAAUUUGCACAGAACUGAACGCAAAAUCGAGCUUUUGGAAUCAAGCAUGGGAUCCAGAAGCUUCGGAAGUAAUAGCCAGGAUGCAGGACGGAAGCAAAACCAAAGUGAUUGUGUACGACAGUACCCGUUCGAUAGCCGCGAAAGUGCGCUAUGCCGUGCAGAAAAAUCUUCGUGGCUUGAUGGCGUCUUCUAUCGACACGGAUGAUUUUCAUGGAAUCUGCAACGCAGAAGAGGAAACUUUUGUUGAUUUUGAUAAUAAAUUGAGAACUCCUCCACCAAUUCAGGGGAAAUUUAAGCUUCUGCGGACGAUCAACAAUGCAAUUGUUGCAGCGGAAGAUGAGAUUCACAAUUCUUAGAAAGACUGUUAAUUUACUUUACUGAUUUAGAGAUAACUGUAUUCACGUUACUGUUAAAGGAGCAGUACAAUCCUAACUAUAAAAACCCAACUAAACAAAAAAAAUACAUUUAAAAUCCUUACGCUGAUAAUCAUUUAGUUCUUUAAAUAUUAUAUUGAUAAUUGAAUUGAAUCUCUAUUAUUCACUAGAAACAGUAAAAUCUAGUCCAAUGACUGCAGUCGUUUAUUUAUUAUUUUCAAAGAUAUUCAGUCCUAGAUUCAUCUCGUACUACAGUUGUUAAAACUCAAUGAAUAAACAAUGCAGAGCAUUUCACAUAGACAUCGCACAGCGAAA